CGCCGGGUCCCGUGACUGCGCGCCCCGCCCUGAGCCCCCGCUGCCGUCAUGCAUUCCCCGGCGGUGCUCGUCACCUCCAGGCGACUUCAGAAUGCCCACACUGGCCUCGACCUGACUGUGCCCCAGCACCAGGAGGUGCGGGGCAAGAUGAUGUCUGGACACGUGGAGUACCAGAUCCUGGUGGUGACCCGCCUGGCUGCGUUCAAGUCGGCCAAGCACAGGCCCGAGGAUGUCGUCCAGUUCUUGGUCUCCAAAAAGUACAGCGAGAUUGAGGAGUUUUACCAGAAACUGAGCAGUCGUUAUGCAGCAGCCAGCCUCCCCCCGCUCCCCAGGAAGGUCCUGUUUGUUGGGGAGUCUGACAUCCGGGAGAGGAGAGCCGUGUUCAAUGAGAUCCUGCGCUGUGUCUCCAAGGAUGCCGAGUUGGCGGGCAGCCCAGAGCUGCUAGAGUUCUUAGGUACCAGAUCCCCAGGGGCUGCAGGGCUCACCAGCAGAGAUUCCUGUGUCCUGGAUGGCACAGACAGCCAGACAGGGAAUGAUGAAGAGGCUUUCAACUUUUUUGAGCAGCAAGACCAAGUGGCGGAAGACGGUCCUCCUAUCCAGGGCCUGAAGGGCGAGGAUGCUGAGGAAUCCUUGGAGGAGGAGGAGGCGCUGGACCCUCUGGGCAUUAUGCGCUCUAAGAAGCCCAAGAAGCAUCCCAAAGUGGCCAUGAAAGCCAAGCCCUCGCCCCGGCUCACCAUCUUUGAUGAGGAGGUGGACCCUGACCAGGGGCUCUUUGGCCCGGGCAGGAAGCAGUUCCCGCAGGGCCCCUCGGAGGAUGUGUCAUCCAUGGACCCCCUGAUGCUGUUUGACGAUCCUGACCUCGGCGGGACCGUGCCCCUGGGUGACUCCCUCCUGCUGCCAGCCGCCUGUGAGAGUGGAGGGCCCACGCCCCGCCUCGGCCACAGGGACGCCUCCAAGGAACUGUUCAGGAGGUUGACCCAGGAAGCAGGCAGGAUGUCCGGAGUUCCUUCCACAGCUGGCUACAGGCAGGCGUCCACCCCAGGGGUGCUGUGCUGGGCACCUCCGUACUCACACAGGCUCUCUGGUAGUGCCAGGAGUUGUCCUGAUCAAAGGUACCUCCUCUCUCUCCCCAUCCCUGCGCGGCCUUGCCCCAGGGCAGGAAGCCACUGCUCAUGAGCCUGCCUGGUUCUUCCUGUUCAUUCUCAUUCCCACCUCCAGACCUCUGCUCUCUGCUCCUUUCUCCAGGAUUCUCUCCCCUAUUCAUGCCAGGCUCACCCUUCUGAAAAGACCCACCUUCCCAGGAGGCCUUCCCAGCCUGCUCUGGCCCAAGGGCUCACUGCCUUCUCUGGGCUUCAACACCUUCUUUCGAGGCCUUUGCAAUUGCGUGGCCCCUGCCUGACUGGGCUGGGGGUGUCCCCAUUGUAGAUAGAGGCGCUGCUUUUCUGUGUCAUACGCCCGCUUGCUCGGCCCCUGCUGUCAGUAGACAUCAGUACAUACAGCCUUCCUGUACAUUUGGAAACUACUUUCCUUGUGUUGUCUUAUUUGAUCCUUGUGAGAAUCCCUGUGAGGGUGGUACAGCAAGUACAAUCCCACUUUGUAGAAGAGACUGAGGACCAGGGAGGAGUGGCCUGAGGCCACCUGAUGGAGGAGUUGCAGGGUGAGGAACGGAAGCUAGUUCUCCACCCGCAGUGCUGUGCUUCUGUGCGCAGGUCUGUGCAGCAGCGCCAGUGACACUGUUACUCCUGCUUGUAGAUGAGGAAGCUGAAGCUUGUAGAGACCAAGUGGGCGCUCUAGGUCUGCUGCCUUCAGUACCUGUGCCUUCCCUCACCGGACUCCAGCAUGACUGAGCGAUAGACGUAGAGAUGCCUGUUAGCACAAGGGGAAACCUCGCCCUGACACUGGAGUCCAGGUGCCCCCGGCAGGGGAACACACCCCAGAGAACCAGCCACAUGCAGGCCAAGUCCUGUUCAUCCUCACACUAGCUGUGGGUCUCAGGGCAAGGCCCUUUGCCUCUCGACACCUCAGUUUUCUCAUCUGUAGGACAGGGCUACUCUCUGUGCGCACACAGUGUGUGGAGAUUAUUAAAUGGGUUGACGAACGUGGAAAUGUCUGGCCAUCAUGGGUGUUCAGCACGCGGCUCAGUGGGUGGAAUGGAUUGAAUGAGUCUUCCACUGUGCAUCUGGUCUCCAGAAAUCAAGUUCUGGAGAAUCAGUGGCCUGGCCUAUUUCUUGCCCUCAGUACCCAGGGAUGGUCCUGAGUGACUGUAACACUGCUAGGGCUUUAUUCCCACCCACCAGUGGGAGAUCAGAGGUCUGGGGUCAUGACAGAGUCCUGGUGGGCCCUGGCCAAGGCCAUCCUCAGCUCUCGCUGGGCUCUGUCUAGCACCCAUGUGGCCCACAGAGGCCCACUGUGGGCGGGCCAACCCUGCACCACCAUGGCUCAGCGCCCCUGGUUAUUCUUUCUCUGGUUGAACUUGCUUUGGAUGAGGGCUCAGCUUCUGAGGGCCGAUGUCCUGUUCCUCCCAACAAAGGCACUGUCACAUACCAUCCCCUCGGGGCCACUCGGCCUCCUGGGACUCCAGUGUCCUCAUCUGCAGGAUGGAAACACAGUCGUGCCUCCCCGGAGUGGUGUUUUGAGGAUGAAAUAUGUGUGAAGUGCUCGGCACAGAGCGGGAACUCUGUACAUGGUAGCUGGUGGUUAUUUCUGAAGGGAUUGGAGGGAAAGCGCCCUACAGAAGCCAGCAUGUGUCAAGUGGGGUCACCUGAAGACCAACUCCCAGGAGGCUGCGUGGGGCCUGCCCUGUGCCUGCUUUGCUGUGGGUGGGAGGGAAGGAGAGCCCUGGCCUUCGUGUCUCCUCUGGGCAGGGUGGGUGGAGGGGCCAGAGUGGAAUGGGGCGGGGCCUUGAGCUGGCCCAGGCUGGGCUCCCUGCAGCUGCCCAGCCCCCUGAGGGCAGUGGCAUUGCCUGGGGUCUUGUUCCUG